GCUGGUGGCUGCUGAAGGAGGAGCAGCUUCUGCUCUGCCCCACUAGGCGGAAGCAGGGCUCGGUCUUUACCUCCAUCAUCUUUAGUAGUAAGCAGGGGAAACAACCAUUGCGUAGUGUGGGGAAGCUUUCCCCCCAACCUGUGUGAUGAGUGUGGCAGGGCUCAGCUGUCCCUCCAGUGCAAUUGCAUGAAGACUGAAAUUCCAGGAAACGUUCUGGGUUUGGCUGUUGAUUUAUCUUAUGUUAUCCUCCUUCAUCCUGUGGCUAAUUCUUCUUUGGGACUAGUUAUUUUUUAACUUGCUUUCCCUGCAAACCAAACAGAGGGGCGUGCGUCUGCAAGAGGGAGCAGAAGUUAUUAAGAAGCUAGAUCUGUCUUUCUGAGUGAGCGGUACAGAGAAGGCUAUGUCUGCAGGAGGAAGCAGAAAGUUAUGUACUGUAGCUAGGUUAAUGGUGUGCCCCUCUCUCUAAGUGAAGGGCAUUCUGUACAAAACACUGCAUCUCCAGGGAAAAGCAGAAAGUUAUACAGAAACUAGACCACUCUGUCUGCGUGUGUUGUGCAGAGCAGAUCAUGGCUGUAAGAGGGGAAAUAAGUAUUUACAAACUUCGGCUAGCACAUGCAUGUUCACUUCUGUAAAAGUUUUCCACAUGAAAAAGUGGUUUUUUGGUUCCCCCAUCUCCCUUGGGUUAUGUGUGCUCAGAUUAGACUAAAGAUGCUUGAAUAAUAAAGAGAGGGUGGUUGUGUUUGCUUGGUAUAAAAAUGGGGCAUAAUGACCAUAUGUUUAAAGUUCUCAUUAUUGGAGAUGCCACGGUUGGGAAGACGUCGCUGGUCCAGCGAUAUGCCAACGACAGCUUCAACAAGCACUACAAAUCCACCGUGGGAGUGGAUUUUGCUCUGAAAGUGGUUCAGUGGUCAGAGUCCGAGACGGUGCGACUUCAGCUAUGGGACAUCGCAGGGCAGGAACGCUUCACAUCCAUGACCCGGCUGUACUACAGAGAGGCAUCGGCCUGCAUUAUCAUGUUUGAUGUCACUAACUUCAGCACGUUCAGCAACAGCCAGAGGUGGAAGCAGGAUUUGGACAGCAAGCUCACGCUGCCAGAUGGAAGCCCGGUGCCCUGCUUGCUGCUAGCUAAUAAGUGCGACCUUUCCUCAUGGGCAGUGACCAGGGAAGAGAUUGAUCGGUUCAGCAAGGGGAACGGUUUCUCUGGCUGGACUGAAACAUCUGUCAAGGAAAACAAGAAUAUUAACGAGUCUAUGAGAGUCCUUAUUGAAAAGAUGAUGGCGUCGUCCACGGGUGAUGGAGACCUCUCUGUUUCUGGCCGCGGGGAUUAUAUUAACAUAAAAGAUGCUUCCCCACCUGGCUGGGGAUGCUGUUAGCUAUGCUUACUUCUCCGUCUGCAUCAGAGCAAAAGGGAAUGUCUUUUUCACUGAUAUUGGCUUUAUUAAGUGAUGAAUUGUCUCCUGUUCAGCACGCACUGACUCUCAGUAAAGCAUUGCUGUCAAUGACUGUGGGAGAAUUCCUCUUUAUUCCAACACCGUGGCCACCUAAAGCUAUCUGCUGCUCUUAUCGUUUUGUUCAGCUGCAUGGUUUGGGUUAACACCUCUGAAGUAAGGGCGCUCCACUUACUUCUGUAACAAGUGACUGGACUUGAGGGGGAAAGGAUAAUAUUUCAAUAUAUACCACUAACUCCCAGCUACACAUAGAGGAAUUGUUCCAGAAGGGACGGUUACAGUGACCUUCUUUGUUCUGAAAGUGAAGAUCUGGCGGUUUGUGUGUGUCUCCUGAUUCCUGACCUGGCGUUACAGUAACUCCUCGUUAUUUCACACUCUGGAUCUGUAUAUGACUAAUUUAUCUGUUGUGGAAAUGCCCAGGACUCUUUGUCAGCUGUCACAAUCACCCUUGGGUGGAAAGAGGACACUUGCGGGUAGCCAAAAUACCUAUUAGCAACCACUGUGGUGUUGCCUGAUCUGCAAAGUGGAUUGGUGUGAAUUUGGGAGAUUCUAUAGCACAGCUUUCAUGUGUGUACAUUGAUUGCAGUGCUUAGUUUGUCCCUGCCUUCUGCUCUGUCUCAAGAAUUGUCCAAUUGCCUUUUGCCAGUUAUCCCUUUUUGUCCCUCUACCCCGUACAUAUAACUCUCUUUUGAUGCCACUUUAUUAGGGCAUCCAGCGGUGAAUGAGAAAAAGGUUGUAAACCCUCUUGUGUUGUAGAACAACAGUACUCUUUGCUUUUAUAGCACCUUCCAUUCUGUGAUCUCAAAUAGCUUUACAAAUGCUGAUGAAUUACUUCCUUGCGACCAUUCUGCAGUGGUGAGUAAAGUCUUUGGUGGAAGUCAUGGUGUGGCUGACUGAAAGCCCAACUGCUGCUUUUAGUGAUCCUAGGAAAAGCAAAGAAAGGGACUUAACAGGUCAGAAGGAAAUAAUGGAGAAAACUCCUCUUUGCCCUUUUGAUGCCUGUUACUCUCCCUGCAUAUUCUACAUGUGAUCGUGGCUGCUGACUGACUUUGGGGGGGG